AAGCAUCUCUCUAUUUCCCUUUAAUAUUUGUGUUAAGAGAGAGAGAGAAAAUUGCACUCCUAUGUUGUUACCGAAGUUUACAUAAAAUUUUAUGGGAUUGCCUCCACUACUAUACUAUCUAUGCGUAUGCCCCCACAAGUAGCAAUCAAACCACCCCACCACUUCUCUUUCAGCACACACAACUUCAAGUUAUUUUUUCUGAUCUUGUUAUAAUUAUUGCUCCUUUUAGAUAUAGAUAAGAUCAUAAAUAGGUAUUAGAUAUAGACAGAUUAGAGAAAAGACAUGCUCACUUCUCAGCUUCCUAGGCCUUUCCUUCUAUCAAAUCACUUCCAUUCACCAAUUUCCUUGGACCUGCACACGGUUUGGGCUAUAAGCAGCAAUCUGAUGCUCUUGUUAUCCUUCGGAUUUAUUUCUCUUCUGGCACCACAAUCAAAGGGCUGAAAUUUGCCACCUCUCUCAUCUGAUUGCAUAGAAGAAAAUCCUUUUUUUUUUUUAUCCUAUUCUUUUUCUGGUUACUAGUGCUUUCAAGGGGUUUUUAAGACAUGGGUUUGAGUUCUAAGCAGGUUUCUAGUAGAGGGCUUGAUUGGAACCAGACCUUGUUGCAAGCACAAGACUUGGAGCUCCCAAAGCCUCCUCCUAUGAGGAGACAACAGCAACAAACUCAGCAAUCAGAGCAUUUGAAGUGCCCGAGAUGUGAUUCUACUAAUACCAAGUUUUGUUACUACAACAAUUACAACAAGUCUCAGCCUCGCCAUUUCUGUAGAGAUUGUAAGAGACACUGGACUAAAGGUGGAACUCUACGCAAUGUUCCUGUUGGUGGUGGCAGGAAGAAUAAGCGAGUCAGAAAAACAACCACUCCAACCUCUGCCACCACCAUAGCCACCACUUCAAUUAGUACCACCACCUCAAAUGGCAAUAUAGAUGCUGAGUUGAGUUCCCACAUGACAAUUCAAACGCCACUUCAAAGGCAGAGUCUUUCUCCUCUUGCAAUGGCUGAUCAGAAAAGCAUACCUUCCUCUCUCUAUCAAUCUCUGAUUCGUCCACCAUCUUUGCUGCCCCAGCAGAAUCUGAUGAGUACCAGAGACUCAGAAGUGUCAGCCUCUUUGCGAUGCUCCAAUGUCUACAACUAUGGUGAAGAGUUUAAAAUAAUGGAGGAGCCAACCAUCAACGGUAUAAUUCCCAGUACUAGCGGCAAUAACACACACCCAUGGGAGAUACCUGCAACAAGUACUGGCAUGGAAAUGUCAAACUAUUGGAGUUGGGAGGAUAUAGAUUCGUUGGUCUCAACUGAUCUGAAUGUUCCUUGGGAUGAUUCUGAUAUCAAACCCUGAGAAAAGAAAGGACAAAAAAAAAAAGUUACACGUGGUAAUGUCCAUAGAUUAGUUAUUUAAUUGGGGUGUCUUGUGUUUCAUAACUGAUUAGUAAGUGUUCUUGUUUUCAGAUAGAACAUAUUAUGAGCUGGUCUUUCUGCACCUGUAAUUCUUGCAAAGAGCAGUAUUUGGAGCUGUCUUAUUUUAGUUUCAGCUUCAGAUUCAAGAAAGGGGGUCCAAUUAACUGUAACCCUUGUGUUUGCCUAUCAUUUCAUCUUAUAAAAUGGUACAUUAAUAAUGUAUGCAAGUAGUUUAGCUUUAUUCAUAAGUAUAGGAAUUUUUUUAAGGUUUUUGAGUGCUUUAUGAUGGGGAUGACUAAUGAUAUGGGGUCUGCUCCAGCACAGUUGAACUGACAGAAUGUGAUGGAAGAUUCUUGUGGAUGUGUAUGUGUAUAUGUUGGAUGAUAUAACAUGGAUCUGGUUGUCUACGAUUCAUCACCACCACUAGUUGAGAAUCAUUCUUUUCUACUGGGCCAGAAAAAAUUCUGGUUGCAAAGUCAUUUAUUGAUAUCUUGAUAUUGUGUUGCUAUCAUAUGUUUCAGGAAUCGUUUAUCUGUGGGCUUUUAGUUCACAUGGCGUUUUCAUCUUUGUUCCAUUGUAUGGUAUCAUGGCCCACUAUAUAUUCAAGGUUUUUUUGCUUGUCGUUUCUUCUAUUAUUGCAGAGGUAUCGACCAAUAUAUGAAAUUUCACAUACAGGAUAUUUUCAGGGUUUUGAAAUGUAACUGGAUCAAAUUCAGAUCUAAGCACCAUUCAACCAUCAAAUAUUUUUUUUUGGUAAUGGAUCAUAUUAUUAAAUGGGGUGCAGAAUAUCAUCAAACAUUUCUUUCUGCCGAUACAUGCCAAGACAAGUCAAUUAGGUUUCAGAUAAGAUUGAUGAUGAUGUAGCUGUUGUUUUCACAUAUACUCCUAUUGUUAAUGAAGUUGCAUUUGCUGGUGCUCAUUCUUAUUUACCUGUUAAAGCCUUGCACAACAGUAUACAU